AUGGCUGGUUCGAAAACUGUGAAGAACCAGAAGGCCGACUCUGCCUCUAAGGAGAGGAAAACAGCGUCGCAACCACCAGCUUCCUACGAGUUUCUGGGCCAAAAGUGGCUUCUUAAAGAUCUUCCUGACAAGGCGUCGACCUAUAGAGCUCUACAAUGGACUGCCACUCUUAUAGCUUUUGCCGUGAGGUUCAAGGACCUACCGUAUCCUCGCGAAGUUGUGUUUGAUGAGGUCCAUUUUGGGAAAUUUGCGUCUUACUACCUCGAAAGAACAUUUUUUUUUGACGUUCACCCGCCUUUUGCGAAAAUGCUGAUCGCUUUCAUCGGAUGGCUCGUUGGUUAUAACGGAGCUUUCAAGUUUGACGACAUUGGAUUGAGCUAUGAUUCGAACCCGGCACCUUUCAUUGCCUAUAGAUCUCUCAGUGCAAUCUUGGGAACGCUAACUGUGCCAAUUGUGUUCAACACCGUGAAAGAACUCAAUUUCAGGGCUAUCACUUGUUUUCUCGCCGCAAUGCUCGUUGCGGUCGAUUGCGCCCACGUAAUCGAUUCCCGCUUGAUUUUACUGGAUGCAACACUCAUCAUCGCGGUGGCAAUGUCUCUCUACUGUUAUGUGCGCUUCUACAAAAUCCAAUUGCGGGCCCCAUUCUCGUCUGAAUGGUACGGGUGGCUAUACGCUACAGGACUUUCUUUAUCGUUCGUUAUGUCCACCAAAUAUAUCGGUGUCAUGACGUACGCGGCCAUCGGAGUUGGUGUAGCUUUCAACUUGUGGCAAUUGCUCGACGUUAGAGCCGGUUUGUCUCUCAGAGUUUUCGCCAGACAUGUGUCGCUGAGGCUCAAUGGCUUGAUUUUCGCUCCCUUCAUUGUCUACCUCUUUUGGUUCUAUGUCCAUUUUUCCAUCUUGACUGGAUCUGGUCCCGGUGAUGACUUUAUGUCGCCUCAGUUCCAGGAAACUCUAACGGAUUCUCCACUGGCCAAAGAGGCUAAACAGGUAAACUACUACGAUAUUGUCACCAUGAAGCACAAGAACACUAACGCUUUCCUCCAUUCCCAUACAGAGCUAUACCCUCUUCGCUACGACGAUGGCCGGGUAUCCUCAAAUGGCCAGCAAGUUACUGGUUAUACCUUCGAAGAUGUCAACAACCAAUGGGAAGUAUUGCCCACAAAGGAAUUGGCAUCAAAUGAAGGUCAACCCGUUCAUUUGGAUGAUGUUGUUCGUUUCAGACACAUUGUGACUGGUACGUAUCUGCUAGCACAUGAUGUUGCCUCUCCACUUUACCCCACCAACGAAGAGGUGACGACAGUAAACGAGGAGCUAGCAUUCGGGCCCAAUAGUCAUGAGACUUUGUUUCGUUUACAAUCUGCUAGCAAAGGUGACGAAAAACAAGAAUUGAAAACAAAAGCAUCAUUAUUCCGAAUUCUACAUACGGAUACCUCUGUGGCUCUUUGGACCCACAACGACGUGCUCCUUCCAGAAUGGGGGUUCAAGCAGCAAGAAGUUAAUGGUAACAAAAAACUUGCGGAUCCAGAAAAUUCAUGGUACAUGGACACAAUCAUAAACAUUGACGAUGCCCGGAAAGUUUACAUCCACAAACCUGUCAAGAAACUUUCAUUUUUUACGAAAUGGUCGGAGUUGCAGAGACUCAUGUUUGAGCACAACAACAAACUGUCUUCAGAACACCCAUUUGCAUCUAAUCCCGAGUCUUGGCCAGGUUCUCUAUCAGGAGUAUCCUUUUGGACCAAAGAUCAAGACCGUAAGCAGAUUUACUUCAUCGGAAAUCUGGUUGGUUGGUGGUCUCAAGUUGUUGCGCUAGCGAUUUAUUGUGGACUUGUGGCAGCCGAUCUUGUGGUAAGACGUCGUGGCAUAUUCCCAUUGAACAAAAUGGCCCGCGAAAAGUUGUACGGCCCACUUUCAUUCUUGUUCAUUGCAUGGCUGUGCCACUUUCUGCCUUUCUUCCUCAUGGGAAGACAGAAAUUCCUGCACCAUUAUUUGCCUGCCCACCUGAUCGCUUCCAUGUUCUCGGCAGCCCUUUGGGAGUUUAUCUUCACCGAAAACAAAUCACUUGAUCUUUCCAGAGAUGAGGAAGAUGCUGCAAAUCCUCAUGCAUCGGACCCUAAACUAAGCCUGGUUCCAUUGUGUGUGAUGGUUGUGGCUUUAUCUAUAGGGCUGGUAUGGCUGUUCGUCUUCUUCUCACCCAUUGUUUAUGGUGACAUUAGUUUGACUGUCGACCAGGUUAAAAGCAGGGAAUUUUUUAACAUGAAGCUGCAUUUCUCCAAAUAA